GGCGGCGGUGGCGGCUCCUCUUCUUCACCUGGAUGUUCUAUGUUAGGAUUUUUUAAAUCACGUGAACACAAGCACACUAACAACCUCGGCCCAAACUCGCAUGUAAGAUUUUGUCAAACUUUGAUCUCUUGGUAGUCCUGAGACUUUCCUGGCCCAGCGACUCUCAAGCAUUUUCUGGAAUCCGACCAGCCCUACCCUGGAAGACAGUAGUGUCCUUCAGGACGAACAAGAACAAAAGUUAACACUUACUGAGUGUUCGCUUUGUGCCAGAUACUAAGAACUGUGUAUGAAUAGUGUCCUCACAGCAAGUCUCUGAGGUGUCCUACAUAGGCCAGGACUGCAGAGAAAUUCCAGAGCACCUCGGCAGGGACUGUGGACAUUUUGCAAAAAGGCUUGAUCUGAGUUUUAACCUUCUGAGAAAUACAAAGAACCAUCUUAAAUUCAUCUGGAAUCUCAAGGGAUCCUGAAUAGCCAAACCAAUUUUGAGAAAGAACUAAGUUGGAGACCUCACUGCUUGGUUUCAAAACAUACUGCAGAGCAAAGGCUGGGGAAGAAGUUGGACUGAGUGGAUGACUUGUGCCCUGACACUUACUCACUGUGGGGAUUUAAGGUCACUGGAAGGACUGAGCGCGUUCGGGAGCCUGGAGGAACUCAUCCUGGACAACAAUCUGCUCGGGAACGACCUCGUGUUGCCAGGGUUACCCAGGCUCCAUACCUUAACCCUCAACAAGAACCAGAUCACUGACUUGGAGAGUCUCCUUGAUCACCUGGCAGAAGUGACACCAGCUUUGGAGUACCUCAGCCUGCUGGGUAAUGUGGCAUGUCCCAAUGAGCUGAUUAGCUUGGAAAAAGAUGAGGAGGACUACAAAAGAUACAGAUGCUUUGUUCUGCACAAACUGCCCAAUUUGAAGUUUCUGGAUGCCCGGAAAGUAACCAGAAAAGAACGAGAGGAAGCUUUGGUCAGAGGGUCAUUCAUGAAGGUGGUGAAGCCCAAGGCUUCCAGUGACCAUGUCGAGGCCCCUCCAGAGCACCCCUAUACACCCCUGCCUUCUGCUUCCAGGGAUCUCACCAAUCACCGAGGUGUCCUGGGGAAGUGUCGCUAUGUUUACUAUGGGAAAAACUCAGAAGGCAACAGGUUUAUCCGAGAUGACCAGCUCUAAUGGACACCGAUCUGCCUUGAGUGCCCCUGCAAUAGAAGGCCAUCCCGGAGUCCUCUGUUGCCUCUGCAAAGUCAGGGCGGACUGUCUUUUUCCUAAGUAAUGCAAUUUUAUAGAACAAUUUGUUCCUUGGGGAAUAAUGUUUUAGAUUGUGGGGAAUCCUAUUAAAAGUACAACUAUUACAAUAAUUUGCUUUUACUUUUACCAGCCUUGCUCAUAAACCCUCCAUCUGUUUGUUGCUUUAAAUAGAGGCACAUUAUAAGAGAUUAUCACUCGAUCAGGCGACACAUCUGAGUGUUGUGCAUUUUCACAUAUUCAUGUAUACUAAGGAAUAAAAGAAAGCAAACCAGA